UGUAUACACUAGUAAUGAGGAUAGAUUACAGUGAUAGCGUAGAAACGCAUUACUUAACUUACUACAGUCGAUACCAAUACUUAUCUAGAUCUAGCAGUCAAUGCAAAAUAAAUUAUAACAAAAGGGUGAAAUGGAUUCGCAGAAUGUCCAAGUGUAUCAUAUUGCUGAUGAAGACCAAGAGGCUGGUUUGCCAGAGGAAGGAAAUCAUCUAACAAAUAGUGAUAGUAAGGAUCUCAGUGAAAAUGAAGCCAAAGUGCAGGAAAAUGUUAAAGAUGAUUCUGAUCCUGGUGAGAGUGAUACUAUAGUUGCUGUUGAAAUUGUGCAUGCUAUUCUUGAUGAACAGGAAAUUAAAUUUCCUUCCAAAGAUGUGAACCACAAUCCAAUGAUUGAAAUUAAAGAGGCUGAUAUUAAGGACACUGCAGUCAAUGGCAUGGAAGGCAAUGUAACACUAGUCACCACUGAAACUUUCUUGGCACCUGUUGAAGAUAAUGAAGAGGAACAUAUGAAAGAAAGUUCAGAAGUUUCUGUUAUGUUGUCACAUGAAGAGCCAGAAAAGUCAUCUUCGGGUCAACAUGAGACACCAGACACUAACCUUGGCAUGGCUCCUGUAUCUACUGAUACAGAGCUCGAUGCCUUCUUUGGCACAGGCGACUCUAAGGAAACUGAAGGGCGUGGCCACUUUCCAGCUUUGGACUUUGUGGAUCUCGAGACAGAUGAGGAGGGGCAUCAGGAUUUGAACAGGGAUGAUGGUGGUGGGGGAGAGGAGGAGUCAUCUGUGCACAGGGAAACAACAUGUGAAACUCCUCAAGGCUUAAAGGAUGCUGCUGACAGUGGAGUUGCUGAAGGUGAUGUGAAAAUGGAAGAUCGUGUUACUAACCCAAUGGAGGAUGCUGGUCAAAAUGCCCAAAGAGCCAGUAGAGACAGCCCACCCAGGCUCGACACAAAAGACUAUCCUCUAAAUUAUCAGAAUUAUAAAGUGUGCAGAGAGCUACAGCCAGGGGUUGAAGAGUGUAUUAUAUUAGAAACUGGUGAACAGGUCAUCUGUGACACUAGACCCAAAGCAGAGGUCAGUGAGCAAACUAUUGAUAGGUCACUUAACUCCACCAGUGAUAGUAAUGCCAGCUCAUCCCAUUCUCAGAUAUUUGUAAGGACUGUGGGCAAUGUACCCUAUCACAAUGACACAAUCUUCAAAGACUCUGAUCCAAAUAGACGAGUGUAUGGCAUAGAUGACAAUGCAUCGCCAAGGUCUACACCGGAAAUGACCUUGAAAGAGCUUGCAUUCAACGGGGACGGACUUUCUUUUCACACCCAACGCAGUGAUUCACCUGAAUCUCCACAGGAAAUGGUCCCUGGGAGUGACCAAGAGGUUUACAUCACUGAAAAUGGGGUUGCUGUCAUUAUGGACAACGUGGAGGAUGACAUCAAAAUGAAUCUGCAGUCUAGUACGGCAUGGGUUGUCAGCAUAGAGGAAGGGAUUUCUGUGAUGACGGAAUCCAGGCUUGUACAAAGGAACAGUGAAAGUCAUCCACUGUCUGGUGAUAUAAGUGACGGAUUUAUACAUUUGGAUUUGAAUAAAGAAGAACAGAAACUAAACUCAGAGAUCAAGCUUGAGAGAAUUAGCCAGAUUCCAUUGGAUGACAGCGAGGAAAAAUCUGAAAACUUUGCCCCUCUGAUGGAGCCACAACUACUCGGCAACAAAAAUAAUAACAACCAGGAAAUGCGACUGGAGGAAGUCGAUGUCAGCAAUAAUGCUGAUGAUAAACUGAGUGAUGAGGAGGACUUCAGGCACCUGAGAAGCUCAGAUCUUCGUUACACCUUCUCUUCUUCCAGCAGGGCCCAACCAGCUUCUCCUGCAUACAGUCACUAUGAGAACAGAAGCUACCAACACAGCUAUGAUCCCUCAGAGUCGAGGCCAGCCGUUUCCAAGAACAGCUACUCUACUGACAUGGGAGGCAACUAUGAGGAUAACCGAAGCUACAGGAUACGAGAAGAAAAUAAUUAUUACAGGUCAGCAGACUCAAGUUCAGUUGAUUCUACCAGCUUGUCCACCAGAUACACUCCCAUUGAACGAGGUGAUCCCAAGAGAGACUCGGCACGCUCUGAGUCUAUGACAGUUCCAAAGUUUAAAACUCUCCAAGACCAACAGCAGGUGAGUUGGCUGGAGAUGUUUAAGAUGAUUGAGGAGCAGCAUAAGUGUGACCUGCAAGCUCAGUACAUGGAACACCAGAGGAUCCUGCAAGAGAUGCAGAGGAACAUGGAGAAAGAGCUAAUCAAGCAACAAGAGACGCUAAAAAAAAGAUUGUCGAGUCACCGAGAGAUUCUUGAGGAGCUCUCCCCUUCCAGAGGUAGCGGAAGAAAAAUGGAUGAGGAUCAUAACAUAAACCAGUCUCGUAAGUUUGAUGAGGAUGAUUUUAAGGAGAGUAGGCGUAUGAACGAAAGCUCAAGCCACACAACGUUGAUGGGGGUACCGGUCUCCCUGAGAAAUCCACCACCUUUAAACAGAUAUAUCCAGCACGAGUUUCUAGAGAAAAAGAAAGAAAUGUCAUCACCAUCAAGGCAAGCUGACACAUCACUUAAUCUGUCCAGGCUGUCAACAGUGGGUGGGGACAAGCAGCUGAGGGGUGGAGUCUACAGCAGCCCCCUUCCUUUGGCUAAAGUGAAGCAUAAGAACUCUCCAAGGGGAAGUAAAUCCUACGAAGACACACAUUAUGUGUCACCAAGAGACGACAUAUCCCGUAACUCUGUUCACUGGGCCUAUGACGUGGCCACAAGCCAGCGGCCUGGAUCUGGAGAUAGUUCAUUGUGUGAAUCAGAUGAUGUCCUGUCUCCCAGGACCAGGAUAAAUCUCAGAGAGAAACAUGCCAAACACCUGGCUGACCUGAAGGCUUAUUACGAAGAAGAGCUGCAGGAACUGAGGCAGCUGUUGGCAGCGAGGGUUGACAGGCUGGGUGCUGAUGGCAGCCGCUCCAGCAUGACAGCAGGAGACAAAAUUCUGUCCAGCGAGAACCAAGAACUUAGACAGAAGUGUAAAGAACUUCAGGAUAUGUUGCAUGACUCAAGAAUAGAGAAUCGAGAACUGCAACAAAAAAUACAAGGUCUGGAAAUCAGAGCUUCGGACUAUGCUGGAAGGUUUGACACAGCCCAGGCACAGGUUCUGAGUCUCAAGACCAGGCUGGAGGAAGUCACAGAGUUUGCCAAGGAGAAGGAGGCUCUGGCAGCUGAAGUGGAGCUGAAGCACAAGAAGACGAUUGAGGCUUUGCAGAUGUCAUUUAAAAAAGAGAAAGAGUUAUCUGAGUCAUUACAUAAUGCAAAGAUUACAAUUCAGAGGCUGGUGGACAAAUAUGAAACAUUGGAGAAAGAUUAUGCUUUAAUUAAGGACUCUUUGGCAGCGACGGAAGAAAAAUUGUUUACCUCAAGGUCAGAGGCCAUGGAUUCUAGUAGUAAAUUAACAAGACUUGAACAUGAGGUGAAACAGCUGAAACAUGAUAAUGAAGUUUUGAAACAUGAACGUGCCAUAGCCUGCAGUAAUCAGAUGCUGAAAACCAGUUACGAAGAGGCUUACAGUCCAUCUACAUCUGGCUUUGAUAGAAGUAGGCCAGUCUACAGUAGUCCAGCUAAGGCCCGGACCAGAUCGGCUGAUGGGUCACAGUUCAGCAACACUUCACCAGAGUCAGAGGCAGAUCUAGAUUACAUCAGGUCCCCCAUCUUGAGGGCAGAGAGAGAGCUCAGAAAUCUGCAGAAGUCUUUCAGUACCCAGGACUUCACUCCCAAAUUACAGAAAAAGUUUUAUGGCAGUGAAGUGACGCCAAGAAAAAGUGGAGUGCUGUCAUCAUCUAAAUCUCUCAGUAAUGGACACCUGCCUGCUCAAGAUCCCCACACAAAGCUGUCAUCACCCCACAGUAGACUGAGCAAGCCUGGAGAUGAGACCCCCCCAAGAACCCCAUUAAAGGGAGGAUAUACCCCCAGUAAAGAUGUAUCGAAGGGUGGUGCUCGGGUGCAGAGAGAGUCGAGAGUCAGGAGUAGUCCAUCUUCUAAAAAAUUAUGCAAUGAAAAUGGUCUGAGCAGUGAGCAGGCUCUGGAGAAAGUCAAGUCAGGGGAGAUAGUCUCCCGACCAGCCUGGGAAGAUGUCUACACAUCAUUGGCUGCCCCCUCAAGGCAGGAUUCUAUUGCUGGGAAGCUGGCUGCUUUGAACUCAAGUAGAGAAAUGAUGAUCAAAGAAAGAAUUCAAAAUAUUCACAACUUAGAAAGAAAAUAUGAUGAGCUUAGCCAGGAGAAGAAAAAGUAUGAAUCCGCCCUGAACAGGCUGCCAGCACAGGGUCAUCGUGGAGAAAAGGACAAACUGGAAGCAGAGCUUGAUAGAGUGGACAAAGAGCUGGGGUCAGUGCGCAUGUCUCUGAAACGCUACCAUGUCCUCAAGUCUACAAUCUAAAGUAGCCUAGACCAGCACCAGAACUUCUAUGGUGACUUUUUGGUCAUUUAUGGCCAGCAGCAGAAAGAAUGUAGUCUUUGUAAACAUCCUCCGUCCAACCAAAUUGCUUUCUGGAAUAGGAACUAAAAGAUAAGCCUCAGUUUGACAGCGUGAAAAUAUUGUACAAAAUCUUGGGUCAGGGUAGCUAUCUAAUUGUUUACAUUUCCAUUUUUUUUAAAAUAUCUACCAUUUAAUGCUAUUGAGACCAACUUACAGAAAGAAAUCCUCAUGAAAUGAAAAUGAUGUUUUAGCAAUGAGAGGUUUUGCUGUAUUAACAUGUAUGCUCAACUUAAGACUCACCUAUAACAUGUGAUAACUGUAUUGAUAUGACUGGUCCAUUAAUCAUUGAUGUAGAGUAGUUUUAGUAUUAGUCUGUAGUUUGAGAGCAGUCCUGUGUACUCCAGUUUAUCAUUCAUUCAUUGCCAUUAUCAUUCACUUUUUUACUUUAAUCAGCUGUUCCCAAGUGUUUUGCUCUGUGCCGUUGCUGAGUUUAAUCUCGCUAAGGCAUUGGUCACUUUCAUAAAUUAGUUUAAAAUAAAUGUUCAACCCCCUUUUAAGAUGCUAUGGAACACUAGUGCACUACAUAGCUGUAAUCCUCUGUAGUUAGUGCUAUAAAGUGACUGGGGGUGGGGGGGGGGGGGUAUAAAAUGUCUCUUUCAGUCUGUUAUUAUUAACAAAAAAAAAAAAAGUUCCCCUUUCAGACCUUGUGGUCUAUAGGGCAGAUGAUGUAAAGGUCAUCUGAUUCUGUGGCCUACGGUCAACAAGGGUGUCAUAAGGCCAGCACAAUGACCAACCGGCUUUACUUUUCCCCAACUAAUGUCAGGCACCCAUUAGAGCUGGGUGGACUCAGAGGCGUCCAAAGAUCCCGAAAUUAAAAAUUCAAGUCUUCACCAGGAUUCGAACCAGUGCGUCCUGGUUUGGAAGCCAAGCGCUUUACCGCGCAGCCACCACGCCUCCUUAUUAUUAACAAAAAUUGUUUUAAAUAGACAUUUUAUUGUUCUAUUUUCGUUGUAAUUUUCUUGUAAUUAACCAAGUGUCUGCAGUGAAGUCGAUCCUUUAAACCACUAGUGUCGUACUUCAACAAUAACAAAACCAUGUUACAUUCAAAGCUUUAAGUUGCACCCCAUUGAGAAGAAUCAAAGAGGUAGAUUUUCCUAGUCCUAAGGAGUGCAACGUAGUGAGGGCAAAUGCUGUAGAUUUUCUUGAUUUGCAACAUCUCUGAAAAUGUCCCUUCUUGCCACACUGAUUACAUGUUGCUUCACGUGCGGGGCACUCAUUACGAGGAUGUCUUCUCUGCCGCAGAAGUAACACUUGCUAGAUAUAGCGUUUACCUCUUGUAAAUGGGUUGCCUAAUUUGUUGGUGUAGUUCAGGAUGAAUAUUGACUUUAAGGUGACCAGUGAGAAAAGUGAGUGCCCCAUUGAUGAGUUGAGACUUUUUAUCAUUAAUGUGUUUUAAUGAGUGUUGAUGUGAAUUCAUUUCAAGGGUGAUUUCAUUUAGAGGCCUUCACUUUGUUUCUCUAAUGUAUUUUUUUUCAUUGUUUAUGCAUUAAUUUUGUAACAUGUUGUAACAAUACAAGAUGAUGUGCAGUUCAACUUCAUGUAUAUAUUUGAUAUUAUCAUCACUAUGCAGCUAGCAGAUACAUAGAACCCAAGUUCCUUGAACAAGCAAUAGAGCAAAUAUAUUCAAUUUUCAUUGGUCAAUAAUUUUUCUUUCAUUUAAUUAUUUAUUUGGCAAAAGAUAUUUUGUAUUAACGAAAACCCUCUGUCUUCUAUUGAUGUAAUUAUUACAUGUUGAAAAAAACAUUUAUAGGAUUUAAGCCUUAUAUAGGGUUAUUAGAGAAAGACCACAUUGUUACUGUAUUGAGAGCUUCAGUUUUUCUGGAACUAUUUUUUUGUUUCAUUGUAGCUCCCAUGGAAGGUCAAUAAAAUUGAGGUCAAUAUUUAUGUUAGGAUUCUUUGUUCUAUUAUGAAUGACCCACAAGUUGGUAGCUGUACUGAUGUUUGCAAAGCUUUUUUCUAGCUAUGGGCAAAAGUAUACAGAAAGCAAAUAUCUGUUUUAUAAACUACUAAAUAUGUCAAACUAUUGCCAUCACAACUUCAAGAGAUAGUCAUGUAACACCUAUCACACCUGUCUCAGCUCAACUCUCUCUUCUUUCAUUGAGCUCAAUAAACUCUUUGUUCUCUGAACUGUUUCUUUAUUCAUAGCUUCACCAACCACCAUCACUGCUAGACUAAAUUCUUUAAUUCUUUGAAUUGUCCCAUUAAACGCCAACAUAACCAAUGUAUUUUGAUGCAGUCACUAUAAAACCGUCCAAUUGUAUGCAUUUUUAAUGUUAAAAAGUUUUUUCUUACAACUUGUGUGUUAGUUGCAUCAAUUAUAUUUUAUAUUUGUUUUGUAUUUUAUGGAAAAUAACUUUCCACAAGGCAAAAAUCUUUAAAGACAAUUUACAGCCAUUGCACCAUAGUUACAUCAGAUUUGGACAAGGUGGUCAGCACCUCUCCAUUAAGGAUAGAAUAAGAGGUUUAAAACUUCUUUAUUCCACUGUUCUGUCAGUCUGGGUGUUGCAAUGUCAUUUAGAAGUACUUAGGAACCUGAUUCAUCAACUGUUAGUUAUGGGUCUUGUUUUGUUCUGUUGUAUCUGUUUGUAUCUAUAAUGUUAUUGUUUGUUAUAAUAGAAAUGCUGAGGUGAACAAUUGUAAGUCAAACUGAAUUUCCAUCUGCUUGGACCAAUAAAAUAAUCUCAUCUAAAACUCAGUCAUUUUGCCUACUGCUGAAAGUAACUGCCAGUUUGUGCAUGUUUAGAGUUGUCUUGUUUUUUUAUAAGCCAUUAUUACCUGUAUACUAGCGAUGUAAAACAUUCAAUCUUUCCAAUUUAUUCACUACUUUAAAAAAUUUUUUUCGUUUUUUUUUUACAAAAUCAUUUCUAAUUACACAGGUUUAUUUUCAAGAGGGGCCAUUCUUAGCUUAUUAUCUGUGAUAUUUCAUUUUUUAAAUCUGAGUAAGGUCCCUUCCUAUUUCAGAAUCCAAUGUGAUUAGUUUUUGUUUAUGCUUUAACAGUAGGAUUAGGAUUUAUUUUAUCUGUAAGUUAUUUAUGUAACCAUUUCAACUAUCAACAUUCAAACUGUUUAUCAAAUAUGUUUUAUAUUUACACAUAUUUUAUUUAGAUAUAAUUUUUCAUUCACUUUUUAUUUCUUUAAACUGAAGUGUCGGUUUACUUGAUUUCAUUUUUUAAUACGAAAAAUAUCAAAUAUAACCUCUUGCUUUUGUUAUCGAAUGUAAUGUUUUUUAAAAUUUUAAUGUAAAGUAUUAGUUUGUUUUUUUUUUCUUCACAUAGCCUACUCUUGUGUGAUCAUAUUUUUGUCACUCAAUAAAUCCUAGCAAAAAUCA